AUGGAGGAAAUUGGAAGUAGUUCAUCAAUGGAGUCCAAGAAGAACGUGAGGGUAAUUGGCAUCGACUUAGGUACAACAUAUAGUAGAGUAGGAUUUUGGAUCGGAGAAGAAUUAAGAAUCAGAAAGAUUCCAUCUUGCAUCACAUUCGCUGAAAAUGGAGAACCCGUAGUUGGUAAUGAAGCAUUGGCUGGAGUUGACGAGAAUCCAUCAAACACAAUUCUUGAUGUUAAGCUUCUUGAUGUCAAGCGUCUAAUUGGGGUAAAAUUCUCAGAUAAUGAUACUCAACUAGACAUACUUAGGAGCUCAAUUGAAGUAAUUGAAGAUCCAGUAAGCAAGAAUGAUGAACCAAAUAUCAUUGUUGGAUCUCCUGAUGGCUGGAUGAGAUUCUCCGCUGAAGAGCUUUUGUGUAUGAUUUUAAAGAAAUUGAAACAAAUUGGAGAAGAAGGUUUAGGUCUUGAUAAUGGAGAUGUAGUUGUUAAAGCUGUGAUCAGUGUUCCGUCUUGUUAUAAUAAUGCUCAGAGAUUAGCAACUAAACGAGCAGCAACAAUGGCUGGCUUUGAGGAUUCACGUCUUAUUAAUGAAACUACAGCAACUGCACUUGCUUAUGGAUGGCUUAAGAAGAUGAAAUCAAGACAAGACCAACAGCAGCAUGGUGUUGAAGCAAGAAUCCCUCAAGAAGAUGAAGAGAAUGUGUUGAUAUUUGAUCUUGGAGGAGGAACAUUGAGUGUUGCGGUUGUCAAUAUUAAAGAUGGAUGGAAUACGUAUAACGUGGAAUCUGUAGCAGGUGAUACUCAUCUUGGUGGUAAAGAUUUCACUGAUGAAUUAUCUUUAUACUGUUCUGAUAAGUUCGAAGAGAUACAGACUUUAUUAGGUGCAAGAUCUAAGAGCAGAUUAAGGUUUGCAUGUGAAGAUGCUAAGAGAAUUCUAGAUUAUCCUCAUGCUAAACAAACAGUAGUCUCUGUCGAUUCUUAUUACGUUCUUUCGUCGAAUUUCACAAACAGAAAAAUAGCAAUUCCAUUGAGUGUUACUGUAACCAAAGAUGAGUUUGCUGAGAAAUGCCAGGAAUUGUUUGAUAAAUGUGAGGAAUCAGUUGACCAGUGUGUUCAAAUUUCAGGGAUUUGUAGAUUUCAUGAAAUCAUUCUUGUCGGUGGAAGUACUAGAAUUUCUAGAAUUCGAGAAAUGCUAAGAGAAUUUUGUAGACAUGCACAAGGGUUUUGUGAGAUUUUGGAGCCAGAUGCGGCUGUUGUUCAAGGAGCAGCAAUUCAAGCAGCAAUUUGGAGUGGGGAAGCAUUGAGUAAUCCGCUGCUGAAUGGCAUUUCAAUUACAGAUGUUGCGCCGCUAACUUUAAGUACUAAAACAGCUCAAUAUGUAAUUUUGAGUGGCGAGGCAUCGAACAACUCUUUGAUUGCUGCAUGGAAUAAUCUUCCAAUGGUUGGCUUUUCAACUCGAAAAGUUACGAAUCUAUGUCGGAGUACUUUAAAAUUGCCUAACUUUAUUCCGAGGAACACAAAGAUCCCAACUGUAAGAAGACAUCCUUUCACACCUGCAAGGGAUACCAGAAGAUUCUCUGCUGGAGUUUAUGAAGGUGAAGAUUCCAAAAUGAAGAACAACAAUCUUAUCGGCCAUUUCAUCUUUGAUGGAAUUCAAGCAACUGAAAUGGGAUUACCAAGCAUUACAGUAAGUUUUGCUGUUGAUCGUGAUGGGAUUUUAAAUGUAUCUGCUUCUCAGGUUGCUGAAGAUGGAAGUCGUAUACGACAAUUGGCUAGGCAGGUGAUUAACAGAAGUCUAACGCCUGACGAGCUCAAUCAAUUUGGAAGAGAUAUGGAGAAUCCAGAACCGGAGGAAAUUAAGAGAAAGAAGCUAGAGGCAAAAAUGAAGGUAUGGCUUUUUGUUAAUAAACAUAUGCUAAUACAGCUACUGCCGGUUCUCAGUCCUAGUCAGGCGAAAAUUCUAAAGGAGGCAAUAGAAGAUGCACAGGCAUGGUUGAAGAAUAGUGAACUGCCAGAAGUAAGAGCUUCUGAGCUUAAAUUGGAUGAACUGCAGGCGACUUGUUUUCUGAUUUUACGUCGGAGAAGAGGCUCCAACUAA